AUGGCAGAUACCGAGCUUAAGAUCUCUGAGAAGACAGAGCUUAACAGCGGUGACUAUAAGAUUAACGACAACUCUUCGCUCGACCAAGAACAUCCUAGUACUAAAGAAGAUAGUUACAUGAAAGAAGACUUGGAAGAGUCAAAAGGAUCCCCUCUUCAGCAACCAUUGUCUUCAUCCAUGAACGGGGAUUCAACUAGACGUGAUCGAGACGCUUCUGUUACUCGUGCUCGCUCCCGGUCUCACCGUCAGUCGUCUUCAGCAAGUCGUUCUCGUAGUCGAGGUGACAAAAGGCGAAAUUCAAGGCGUCAUAGACGUCGCUCAUACUCAAGAGACUCGGAUAGCAGGUCCAGAAGCAGAACGCGACGAGAUCGUGAUCGAAGUCGUGAGCGAAGUAGAAGUCGUGAGCUGAGCAGAGGACGUCGGAGGUCGCGUAGAGAUCAACCUGCCCCAAGUCAUGUUUUAGGUGUCUUUAAUCUAAGUUUAAAGACGCGCGAGAGAGAUUUACAACAAAUAUUUGAACAAUAUGGCAAAGUCAAUCAAGUCAUGAUUGUUUAUGAUCAUAGGACCGAUCGUUCUCGUGGUUUUGGGUUUGUGUACAUGGAUUCGGUUGAAGAUGCAACUCUCGCAAAAGAUAAAACAAACGGGAUGUUACUGAACAGCAGAAAUAUGCGUGUCGACUAUUCUCUCACUCAAAGAGCACACACACCGACACCUGGAGAAUAUAUGGGAGAUCGUCGUGGAGGUGGAGGCGGCGGUGGAGGCGGAGUAGCCGUGGUCGUGAUAGAUCUCGCAGUCGUAGUUGGUCUCGUCCUCGAAGGAAGUCCCGCAGUAUUAGCCGCAACCGAAGAUCUUGGAGCAGAUCAAGGAGAUCUCGAAGUUAUUCGCGCUAACCUGUAG